CCCUCCCCGGUGACCGAGCUCCGCCGCUGUCUGGCCACCCCGGAACUGGGCGGUAUCCGAGACCUGGUGGUCACCUGCCUCCAGCCGCCCUUCUGCCUCUACCUCAAGUACGCCAAGCCGCCCGACUCUGGCCAGCAGCUGCCGCGGACGUCGAACCUCAGCCAGGAGUCGAUCCAGAUCCACAAGGUGCUCACGGAGUUCCUAUCCGGCCUGUCCAAACCGGCCGCCGAGGACGUGCGACGACAGAUGCAGACGAGUAUGGAGAGCUGUAUCAGCGCCGCCGACUCCGCCUCCUCGGACGAAAUGUCUGAGAUCGUUCAGCACUUCUAUAACACCUUCCACGACAGGGUGCACUCGCACUCGGCCUACUACGGCGUCUCCCCGGAGCGUCGCUCGGAGCUGGAGGACCUGGCCGAGCGCUACCUGACCACCCGGCUCUACCGGGUGCUCUUCACGCCGCUGUCGCAGGAGCUCGAGGAGGCCGACCUGGCCGUCCAGAAGCGGAUCCGAUCCCUCUACUGGGUGGGGGUCGAGCUGCUGGAGCUCAACAUCGACGAGACCAACCCGGCCGUCACAGAGCUGGUCGAGCGGGCCAUCACAGACAUUAUCGAGAUGGACAGCAAGCGUACGCCGCAGGACAAGCUGACGUGUGUGUCGGCCUGCGUGAGUCACCUGCUGGAGAUGCUGUGCGUGGGCCGCCAGGGCGAGCCGCCCAGCGCCGACGACCUGCUGCCGGCGCUCAUAUUUGUGGUGCUGCGCGCCAACCCGCCGCGGCUGCAGAGCAACGUGCAGUACGUGACGCGCUUCAGCAGCCAGCAGCGCAUCAUGUCCGGACAGCAGGGAUACGACUUCACCAACCUGUGCUGCGCCGUGUCGUUCAUCGAGUCGAUGGGCGCCGACUCUCUGGGUCUAACGGCCGAGGAGUACGAGCGGUACAUGUCCGGAGAGGUGCUGCCGCCGGCGGCGCACUGGGAGAGCGGACAGUACCGCUGUCAGGCGCUGCGAGUAAUGGAGUCCAACACGGAGACGCUGUCGUCGCUGCAGGAGCGGCAGGCGCGGCUUCUGGCCGAGGAGCAGCAGCUCAGCGACGACAUGAGCAGCUUCUCGGAGAGCGUGACGAACAGCGUGGACGAGUGUCUGGCGGAGAACCCGCUCACGCUGCGGCCCGCGCGCCGGCCGGCGCAGCUGGACUCGCCCUCCUCCGGGCUGGACGGCCUGCCCACGCCGCUGACACCCCAGGUGGUGGGUGCCGCGCCGUCGGCCGCCGGACCGGUGCAGCUGCCGUCGCCGCCGCCCGGCCUGCUGGCGGACGCCCAGGACAGCCUCAGCUCGGUGCUCUCGCUGUCUCAGAUGUCGCUGGAGCCGGCUGGCGGCCCACCCCGGCAGCCGGCGCCGGCCAGCGGGCCGUUCAGCCUGCCGCUGGAGUCGGCGACCCGGCCCGACAGCGGCCCGCGCGGCCUGGACGGGCCGCCGACGGAGCCGGCGCCGGCCCCGCCGUACGCCACCAGUGGGGCGCUGCCGAUCCCGGGCCGGCCCGGCCGGCCGGGGCGCUCGGGCAGCCCGUCGGUCGGCGGCCGGCCGCGCGCGCCGUCGCCGCCGCCGCCCGAGCUGCCGCCGCGCGGCCUCACGCCGUCCGUGCGCAACAUCCCGUCGAUUCCGUGCAGCACGGGCGCCGUGCCGGUGCCGGUGCCGGUGGCGGACGGCUGGGCGGCGCAGCCGAGCCGCCGCCAGGCCGGCUACAGCCCCGGCCGGCGGCCCGCCGAGCUGCCGCGCUCCCUGAGCCACACCUCGGAGCUGGGCGGUCGGCAGGGCGAGGUGCCGCGCUCCCUGAGCUUCCAGCCGGGCCAGGAGGCGGCCACCUCGCCCGCCGGCCGCCGCGUCUCAGUCACACGCAAUGAGGCACUGGCCCAGGAGGCAUUCAGGCACUCUCAGGCGCGGUGUGAGCGGUCGGAGAGCGUGCGCAGUCGUCUCCAGCAGCCGGCGGCCGCCGACCUCAGCGCCGCGGCCGCCGACGACUGGCAGUGGUCGCGCCAGCAGCGCCGCGAGCAGCGCCACUCGGUGCGCGGUGAGAUGGAGCGCCGCUACUCGGUGCAGGCGCCCGGCCAGCAGGAGCGCGCCGCCGCCGCCGCCGCCAACGCCACGGCCGUCCUCAGCGCAGAGUGCGAGGCCGCCAAACAGCGGCCGCCCAAGGCCUCCGACAAGGGCGACAAGCUGGUCAAGGUGCUCAGCGGCAUCUUCAGUCUGACGGACAACUUCUGAGCGCGCGGCGGGCGGGCGGCGCCGCUCGGUGGACCAUUCGCAGACGGCUGGAGGUGAGCGGGCGCGGCGGCACCCACGUACUGGCUUUAAUCGGGGAGCUCCAGUGUGGCUGUCACACUGCCUAGCCGAGUGAUUCAUCCUAGUCCGAAUACCGUGCGGCUGGCAGCAGAAUGCGGGUACGAUUCGACUAUGCUGCCGCUCUAUGGGAUUGAUCGUAUGUCCAUGUGCCGAGAUAGGCCUAAUAUUGUUAACCGUAUCGUCUCCCAUUCUGUGUCGCCCUCCUCAGCCGCUGAACAAACCAUCUCUGACUCGACGCCUGGGGUACCGUGGAACGAUCGACACUCCUAAGGGGCUGGUCCGCCGCGCUAGGGCAUAUGCAAUGCAUCUCUUGGUCGGGAUCUAUCACUGAAUGGCGCUGAGCGACAGCGAGCUACAAUGGGGAGCUGAUUCGCGAAAUGUGAUUCCGGGUAGUCAUAAGCGUUGUUAAUUGUUGUAUAUGGGCAUAUUGAAUUGUGAAGUGUAUAUUGUUGGGAGAAUUGGAGUAGUACAUCCCUAUCGCGCGGCGGGUUAUCCGCCUUUUUAUGGCCGGGCUGCUUCGGUGGCCAGAGUUCCACAUAGCUGACUGUGAGGACGUGGAUGCUGAUUGAUUUUAUUAUUUACUACAUGUGCAUGUAACGCGAGGCGAACAAUAAACAGCAAUUUGUC